UUUGUUUUCUGCUUCUCAUUCUUGACAGCUUGUUUGCGACUGGGCUGCUGAUGAAGUUAAUGUAGCAAACUGAGAUUUCAAUCAAACGUUUCGACGGUACAACAUCUUGACUGGGAUGGUAACAUGGAGAGAGACAGUCAUCAAGAAGGAGAGGCACAGGUGGUGAAGAAUUGUGAUCCACCUUCAGACUGCGUUCCAACUGCUGAAACCCUGGCAACUUCUCUCUCCCUCUUGGGGAAUCACAUGUUUCCUGAUCCGGUGGAGAAAAAUGACAGUACCAGUGUUGACAAAGAAGAGCAUGCAACUUUGCACCAGUCAAAAGUUACACAGAAGGAGCAGCAUCUGGAUGCAGAAUCCCAUUCUAACCAGGUAAACAAACUAGAGGCAGAGGAGACAGAAAACUCUGAGUAUCAGAACAAUGAAUCUACAAAGUCAGUGGACAGAGAUGCAGAGGAUGCUGGUACAGACAAUGACCAGAGCGAAUCUGGGGAGUUUGUCGUUGCAAUGCUGGCCAAAGCCAAGCUAGAGGAGCAAGGUAUAGGUGUGAAGGGAAGGUCAUCUCUCUUGUUGGAAGCAGGCACACAGGAACCUGCAGCGUUUAUGUCUCAUCGUGAUGAGGAUGUGACAGCUGAUAGCUGGCGGCAGCACAGGAAGCAUGUUUUUGUGCUAAGUGAAGCAGGAAAACCCAUCUAUUCCCGAUAUGGCAGUGAAGAGGCUCUUUCAUCCACAAUGGGAGUCAUGAUGGCCCUGGUGUCCUUUGUCCAAAGUGGAGAUAACAUCAUCCGCUCAGUCUAUUCAGAGGGGCACACUGUGGUGUUCUUACAGAAAGGGCCCCUAGUUCUGGUGUGCGUCUCCAGCAGCCGUCAAUCUGAGCAGCAGCUACGUGAAGAGCUCCUCUACGUGUACUAUCAGAUCAUCAGCAUGCUCACCCAGGCCAGCAUAUCCCGCAUCUUUGAACACAAGAAAAACUAUGACCUGAGGAGACUCCUGGCAGGCUCAGAGAAGAUCCUAGACGGCCUUCUGAACCUGGUGGAUUCUGACCCCAGCUUCCUGCUCGCAGCAGUGCACUGCUUACCACUAGCAUCCUCACUCAGGGACUCUAUUAGCCAGAUCUUGCAGAAAGCUAUUACACCCAAUCUGGUUUUCUCCAUCCUCAUCGCCAAGAACCAGCUACUCACUAUUGUUCAAGAAAAGACUGUCAUUGAGGACACCAGGCUGGAGCCCACUGACAUCCACCUCCUGCUCAACCUCAUCGGAGCCUCCUCCGCCUUUCAGGCUGGGGAGAUCUGGACUCCCAUCUGUCUCCCUCUUUUUAAUCCUGACUGUUACUUUUAUGCAUACAUCUCUUACCUGGACCCUCCAGAAUGCACUGUUUGUUUGCUGCUGCUCUCGACAGACAAAGAGGCUUUCUACGCCGUAGCUGAGUGCAAGAGGAAGAUAGAGGAGGCCAUGGUGGCUCAGAACUCUCUGAGCCUCAUUGCCAAAGCUCAGUCAUACAGUGUGAGCCAGGUGGGCGUCUCAGACCUCAGACACUUCAUGUACAAGCCCUUUGAUGUGCCAGACAACUACCGCCAGCUCACUCAGUUCACCAGCCCAGAGAUGGAGGCACCGUACAGCAGUGAAGAGGAGAAAAUGAGACUGCUGGACCUUUAUCGUUAUAUGCACAGCCGCAUCCACAGCACCUCCCGACCCCUCAAACUCAUCUACCAGGUCGCUGAGAGGGAAACUCUACUAGCCUGGGUCACAAGUAAAUUUGAGCUAUACACCUGCUUCAGCCCUCUGGUGACGAAGGCCUGUGCUAUUACUGCUAUCACAAAGCUUUUAAGGUGGAUUAAAAAGGAAGAGGAUCGUCUCUUUAUCAGAUACCCCCCAAAGUAUUCAACCACCACAAAUCCCAGCAAGAGCUCUCGAGGCGGUAAAUCUGACCAGCAAGACUCCACAGAUAAUGGCUUCUUAUCCCUUCUAUAGGACUUUGUUAGUGCUACAAUAGUGGCUCUGCCUCAUUCAACAAUAGUUUGUACACUGACACCAAGAUAUUUUUGAACCCUUUUUUGACACUUGUUGAAGUUGACUGACAUUGACCACUGGAAUCAAACACUACAUUUUACACUAUUUAAGAAGGAAUUAGUUCUUUUUUUUUUGUUUACCUUAAAAAGAAAAUUCAUUGUCAUUGCAUCACUGCUUUAGAUCAAAAACAGUCAGGGCAAAACAGCAUUAGUGCAUUUUAAAUUGAACUAUGGUUCAAUACAAUUGCAAUGAUAUUUAAAUGUUUUUAUAUUGUUUUAUUACUACGAUGAGAGAAAUUUUCCUCACGAACAGUGAAUGUAUCAUAAAUGACAGUUCAUUCAACAAGACAUUGUCUCUUUCCUUGUAAAGAUGAGACAGGAAAAAUUAAUUUAAAGUACCUUUUUCAGACUCGCCCUUACAUAUAGAUUUUUUUCUUUUCCCUGAUGCAAAAUAUCCCAUGUUACAGAAUGGGAUAUGCAAGAAAGAAAAUAGUUUUGGACCAUAAUAGUAACAACUGAAUUGGCAGAACAGGGAUAGGCCAUCAUGCGUCAUACAAACAAGACAUCCUGUAUGAAUUGGUUGCCUAUGACAGAUCUAGAAAACAUUGUUUAUUUUAUAACCCACUAAUGUUGGCAAUAAAACAAUCAUGUUUUAUUGAUGUUAUAUUUUGUGCAGAAAGCAAAUAGGAAAUCAGCCUGUUACUCACCUGGUCAUUGUUAGUGUUUUCAUUGUGAAACCUUGUUGGUCUGGAAUUCACACUGAGCUCAAUGUUUUUCUGGAGAUACUUCUUGUACAGUUUUCAGUUGACACCUAAUGUAGUGAGAUCAGGUGACUUUUCUUUUUGGAUAAUUUUGUGAAGGUCUAUAAACGGUAGCCUCUUCCUUGUCCCCUCUGGGAAAUUUCUUGUCAAUUCAAGUCUCAAGACUAUGUCUAUAAUAUUAUGUAAUAAAUCCCAGGUUGCUUAAAUCUUCACUUGUGCUAAUUACAUAUAGUGCAAAUGCUUCAUUUAUUACCUACCAGAAAAUUAAUGCUUGGUUUUGUGAGUCUGUAAAUUAAAUAAUUAUCAUGGAAAGAACUAUGUAAUUCAGUACUCAGUAUAUCAAAAAUAGAGAUGUGUCGGUUGAUUAGGCUACUUGUGUAAUCUAUUGCAUAGCAGGGAAGCUGAACAUGCAAUUGCAGGAAAUUCGUCUAUGGGCAAGCAUUCAGUUUGCCAGAUAUUUCCCCUACAGUUAGUACUGAAGUGCUUAAUUCUUUCCAGGAAAUAUCACAGGAAACUAUCAGGACAUCAACUUGCCUAUAAAAAUACUGACGUCAGUCUGAACCUUCAUCUUGAGUUAAACCUUCA